AUGUGUGCGUUCGUAGAGAGUGAGCAGUUUGCUCCCAUGCGUAAACUGUUCGGCUUAUUCAAACAAAUGAUGGGCAAAGCAUAUCCGGUCAGGACCUUUGUAAUGGACAAGAAAAAGCUUUCUACCGUUGCAGCAGACAUCCCUGCAGACGAAGCCGAAGCCGUGAAAUUUGUCGCCCCUAGUAAGUUCAUGGUUGAUUGUGUGUACGCGGUAGCACACGUCGUACUGAUUGUCCGACAAGGCUCCACGUUCGCCGGUACCAUGACUGCUUGA